GAUGAUCAUCAUUUCUUUCAUUUUAAAUUGGUGAAAAUAUUCGUUUCUUCUUCUUCAGUUUUUCUUUGUUUGCAAGUUUAAAGAAAAAAAAAAUUUCAAAAAUGAAAAUCUUUAUUCAUGUUAUGGAUUUGGUUGGGCCACAAAAUGCCUGUAUUGGUCUUGGUCAACAACUUGUACAACGUGGUCAUCAAGUAAUAUUUUUGGUGAAUGAAAAUUUUUUAAAAAAAUUUCAACCAUAUUCAAAUCAAUUUAAAAUUUUGGGCUUAAAACCGGUUGCCGAUGAAGAACCAGAUGAAAAUGAAAAAAAUCUUCAACCAAUACAAAUUCUAAUCAAUAGUUUUAUCCGGAUGGGUUUGUUUGAUCCAAUCAAACCGAUUGAAAAAAUUCAUCGUAUGAUUGAUAGUAAAUUCAUAAGAAAUCUUGGUGCAAAUGCUGAAGCAUUCGAACCACAAAUCCGAAUGUUGAUUGAACAAGAAAAACCAGAUAUAUUUUUAGUUGAUGCAAAAAUUAUGUCACCAUGUAUAAUGAAUUCAUCAAUACCAUGGGUUUAUGUAUUCUGUGCAAAUCCAUUAGGUCUUUUUACUGAUGAACGUUUACCACCAUUUUCAUCCGAUUUACCAAUCGAUGGUGAUCGAAAAGAAUGGCAAGAAUAUCGUCAAAUAUUACAUCAAAAAUAUUUUGAUAAAGUUGUUGCACGACAACGUGAAAUUUGCGAAAAAUUUGGCUAUCCACCGCCAAAAGAUCAGGUUUUUUUCCCACGUUCACCAUUAUUGAAUAUCUAUCAAUUUCCAAAAGAAUUAGAUUAUGAUGAUACGAUAAAAUUACCUGAACAUUAUCAACGUGUUGAUGCAUUUGUACGUGAUGAUCCAGAACCAUUUGAAUUACCGGAUAAAAUUCGUAAACAAAUGAAACCAGGCGAUAAAUUAAUAUUCUUAUCAAUGGGUUCAAUGGGUUCUUGUAAUUUAGAACUAAUGAAACGUUUUGUUCGUGUUUUAUCCAAAACACCAUAUUAUUAUCUUGUAUCAAUGGGACCAUUAUAUGAUCAAUAUGAAUUAUCGGAUAAUAUGUGGGGUGGUCCAUAUGUACCACAAACAAAAAUUUUACCAUUAGUUGAUCUGGUUAUUUUUCAUGGUGGUAAUAAUACAUUAACCGAAACUGUUUAUUUUGGUAAACCAAUGAUCGUUAUCCCUUUGUUUUAUGAUCAAUAUAAUAAUGCACAACGUGUACAGGAAAAAAAUUUUGGUCGUCGAUUAGAUCAACAUCAAUUUACUGAUGAACAAUUAAUCGAUACUAUCGAUAAAUUAAUUAAUGAUAAUGAACUUUGUGAACGACUCAAACGAAUUGGUCAAAGAAUUCGAACAAGUCAAGCAAAAGAUUUGGCUUGUGAACGUAUUGAACAAUUAGCUAAAUCAUCGAAACAAAAUUGAUUUUGUUUUUUGUUUCGUUUUUUUAAAGAAAUUAAUUCAGACUUUAAUGUUUUUAAUCAAAAAAGAAAAGAAAAUGAAUAAAAUAAAUAGAUUGAUUAACCCCCUCCA